ACAAGCUGCCAUCUAAGGGACCAGAAAACAGAAGAAAUGCACAGCAGAAUUCAAUAGCUGGAACUGGAGUGGUAUCAUUGGUAUCAUUAUGCCACUGAAGAGAAAAGUACGACCAAUUUCUGCUUCAGGAAAGUUAGAAACAUCCACGAUUAGCAGCAUUCUGAAUGAGCUGAGAGAAUCGGCAGCAACAACAGACCCUUUGUUUCGAAGGGCUCAGACUUCAUUAGGAGGCCACAGGCUGCAAGCCGCAUCUCCAGUUUCUGCCGACGGCUUUUCAGAAGAUCAGGAGGAGGUACCCCAGCUUCCAGAAUGGCUCAUGAAGGAGAUGCUGAAAGGGCAACAGAGGAGUCAUUCCAUUGGAUUCAUGGAAAACAUAUUAGGGAGUGGAAGUGGGCAUCAUCGUGCUGAUUCCUCCAGAAGUCAGUGGAAAGGAAAGAUUGAACAGCAAGUAACUCUUGAACAGCUUCAGAAGAUAUACUCAGCUUUUCAGGAAUUAGAAAAUAAUGGACAUAAAUCUUUGGAUCUGGAAAACUUCAAGCACAUGUUAAAGAAAUGUAUGGGAUUGCAUAAUGCAAGUGAUGAACAAUUAGAAGAACUUUUCAUGAAAAUAGACUAUUCUGGAACUGGCAGAAUUCAGUGGCAUGACUUCUGCACAUACAUGCAGCUGGAAUACGCUAAACAGGAUGGAUCAUCUACCCAUCUGAAAGAGGUUUCCUUCUCACUUCCUGCUACAAUACAAGAAAUCCCACAUGGAGAGCCUGUGGCACACAUUUGCUCGCUACCGGAUAGCACACUCAUAACAGCCCGAGAAGAUGGAACCAUUUCCUUUUGGUCACCAGAUCUCAAGUUAAAACGAAGCAAGAUAGUUUUUGAUAAAACUCACAGAAAAUCAAAAUGGCUGAUGGAUUUCACUGUCAUGACACCCUACAAUAAAUUAAUACUGGGAACUGGGGAUCGUGAACUUCAGCUGUAUGAAAGCUCCAAUUUUGAACCCUACCUUCAGAUUAGUGGUUUGGAAGCACUACCUUUGAAUGUGGAUUACUGCUAUACAGGUCAUGAUGAAUGUAUGAUCCUUUGUGGUGAUGACCAGGGGUGUGUCACUAUCUUGCUCCUGUGCUCUGUAGGUGAGAUCCUAAGAACUUGGAAGAAGCUGCCCAAAGUGGAAAAUCUUCCUAACAUUAGUCUUCAGAAUGCUAUUCUUUCUCCAAAUGUCAAGUACAUCCGUUGGAAAAUUCAUGGGGAUUGGAUUACUCAGCUGAAUUACUAUGAUUCUUUUAAAGCAGUGAUUUCUUCUUCAAGCCAUGAACCUACAGCCUUAGUAAUAGGUUGUGUUGUUGGAGCUACCAAUGUUGAGCAACAGAUGAAAGAAAUAAAGGAGCACCAGAAAGAUCCAAAAACCAGGAGAGUGCAGGCGAUGGUAGGAGCUCCCUCCCAUAGGGCUGAGGGGGAUCAGAUUGUUUUUCGAAUCCGUAAAGGAGUAAAAACAUUUGCAUUCAGUAAAAAGAACAACCUCAUAGUAACUGGCGGGAUGGAUCGAAUCAUUCGGAUGUGGAAUCCAUAUAUGCCUGGAAGACCAACUGGCAUGCUCAGAAGCCACAUGGCUCCUAUUGUCUACGUCUACAUAUCUGAAGAGGAUAAAAUAUUUUCCAUGUCAACAGACAACACAGUUAAGAUAUGGGAUGUUGAAGACCAGACUUGCUUAUUCACAGCUUGUUCAAAAAACAAUGGAAUUAAAGGAGAGAUUAGUGCUUGUCACUACAUUUCAGGCACAAAAUCACUCUGUGUGGCUACAGAUACACUGGCUGUUCUCCAUCUCAGAUUACGAUUACCUCUUGACCCUUGUUUGGCAUUUUCUCAUAAGAAACCCAUUUUGUGUUGUAAGUUCAACAAAAUGUUCCGGCAUGUUGUGAGCUGCUCAGAGGAUUCUGUGGUCAAGGUGUGGGAUUUUGAAAGUGGAAAACACUUGUUUGAAUUUGGCAAUGCACAUGAUGGUUCUGCAAUCACUUGCCUCACCUUUGAUUCUAGUGGAAGGAGACUAAUUACAGGUGGGAGAGAUGGCUGCUUGAAAAUAUGGAAUUACAACAAUGGACAGUGUUUGAAGACUUUGAAAAGGGAAAAUAGAUGUGAUGAAAUCUGUGGCUGCACCUACGUGGAUGUCAACAGAAACAAGUAUAUCAUAGGUGUUGGAUGGGACCGAAGGAUAAACAUAUUUUGUGAUUCCACAGACAGCGUCCAUGACUUUCAGAAACCUCAGCCCCAUUGGCAGGAUGAUGUAAAUCGAGGGCACAAGGAAGAUAUUCUGUGCAUUGCACAGUGCCCACCCUCUUUCCUUGCCACUUCGAGCUAUGAUGGUGAAAUCAUCAUUUGGAAUAUGAUCUCAGGUCACAUAUGCCAUAAAUUCUACACUCCAGCUGCUAUUGAGCCUGCUGGCCCCAAAACUGUAGAUGCAACUGUAACGCGAGUAAUCUUUCUAAUGACUCGUGCUCUGAAAUUUGAAUCAGCGGCAGCAUCUCUUGUUUCCAAUGGGCCAAAAGGCUAUCUUCAUUUCUGGAGUCUAUUCAGUGGCGAUCCACUUGUGGCAAGUUUUUCACCUACUAAAGGGAAAUCCCUGAUCAGCAGCAUUGCUGUGACCACAGAUUGUUUGUAUCUGUAUACAGCAGAUGAGGAUGGAUAUGUGCAUGUUCAUGACAUUCAAGAUUAUGCUGUGGCAGAUCCAGAAGAAGAACCACCGAAAUAUGUGAAUCAUUGGAGAGCUCAUGUAAACCUGGUUCUGUCUUUAGAGAUCAUAGAUGAAGACAACAUCUUGUUAUCUUGUUCCACUGAUUGUACUGUUCGCCUGUGGAGCCUGAAUGGAGAAUACAUUGGAACCUUUGGCCAAGUGGAACCUUGGGAAAUCUUUACACCAUCCUCCUGGAAGCAUCCCAGGGUUCCUUAUGAAAUUCUGAUAGAUCCACAAAGUAUGCCUACCCACCCCAUGCUAGAAGACAUGCUCUCUGACAUGCAGGUCACAGACCAAGAUAAAAGAUCUCUGGAUGUUUUCAUACCCAAGGAAGAAAGCUAUAAUUCCAAAUCCUUCCAAGUAAUGGUUACUGAUGAAGAUAUUAAGGAAGAAAUCAAUAAGCGAUUAUGCACACAAACAUCAAGCAGAAGGUUGAAACAUGACCGGUCCAAGCUUUUAAGCAAGCAGAUUCACCAGGGGAGACUGAACACAUAUCACACACUCAAGUAUUAUGAAAUUGAGACUUUCCCAGGAAACUGCAAAAAGCCUGAUUUAUCUGUUCUUGGCACAGACAUUUUCACCAGUAAUUAUCAAGUAGCAGCUGAAAAGUAAGAUAGUGAGAAAAUCACUUGCCACAUCUCAAGAAGAAAGCCUACUCUGUCUCGAAUGGAAUGAUACUUAAAAUUGCUCUUGAAUUUCCAUGGGAGCUAGUCCUCUUUAAAGCUAAUCAUAGUACUGAUUUACAAGUGUAACCUUAUUAAGCAAUGCUAGGCAACUUUGGCUGGUCUGAGAGCCAGUUUAUUGCUCCUGAACCCCUGGUGAUGGGGGCAGCGGUGCACAACCUAAAAUGAUUUCAGAUCCCUGGAAGUAGAUAGUUGUCACUCCUUUUGGCUUGGAGAUGAAUAAUCAAUGUGUGUGUGUGUGUGUGUAGGGCAGUUGGAAGACUGCAAAAACAAUCUUCAGGGAUCCUUACUUGUUUCAAUAUUCUUACAGAAUGCAAGUCAAAUAGUCUUCUAAAGUUAUAGCAUCUUUACAGAUUUGUAUUUAGGCAGAUGAGAUUGACACAACUCAAGAUUAGACUGGAAAAGCAUUUUGAUUGGAAGUAAUGGGAGCUGUAGUCCAACAAGAUAUGGCAGGCCACAGGUUCCUUGCUCUUAUAUAUAGGAAAGAAAUAAGAUACUUCUUUAUAUUCCUGAGACCCUGCUCCUAGUCUUCUUGACAUGUCUGUGCAGAUGAGAGGAAAGGACCUUUCCUCCUGUGUGUGUUGAGGAUCAUCAAGUUGUUUCUAAUUGAACACACUCCCUUGGAGUGUAGUGGAAUCUCCUUCCUUAGAGGUCUUUAAACAGAGCCUGGAUGGCCAUC